AUGGCAGACACAGCAAGCCUAACGGCCACCCAACAGCAUGCCCUCUUCGACAUCCUCACCCACCACGAAACCUACCAAGAAAUCUCAGACUUCAGACAACCAGGUGCUAUCAAACAAUAUGGGCCUCCCUUCCAAGACGACCUCACCACCUCCGACUCGCCAAUCCUACAAGCACUCCUCAGCAAAUUCGUCCUCAAGCUGCCAGGCCUACGAGACGUGAGCCCGGACUUCUGGAAGACACGGAUAGCAGACCUCAUAGACGAGCUCGCCCAGGCAGAACUAAGCGAGAGCUAUGACAAGGGUAUACUGGGUGUACGAAAGACUCUAGCCACGGCAAUCAGUGCUCUGAUCGAGUAUCCUGCUAGAGGAACACUGGGUGGCGUGCCAGAGAAGAAGGAUAGGGAGAGGAAUAAGAAGUAUGAUACAAGUAAUCCGGAUGAUGUGAUGAGGAGUUGGCAUGAUGCACUGCAGGAGAUGGUGUAUGGGGAUUUGAUCGAUGUUCUGUUCGCCAAGGCUGCAGAGACGGACGAUCUGACCAAGCAUCCGAGUUUGGUGCAGGCUAUGCAUGAGUUUGUUGUUGUAAAUCUUGCCUCAUUGAUGCACUACACACUUGUGCUAUCGCCAGAAGGACCGACACUCCUACGCAUGAUCUCUAGCGUCCACGGUAUGCUGCCGUACACAAUUAUCAGACAGACUCUCAAGAUCGGCAAUGUGGCGACUAUGAUCAGCGCCAUGAUGAGAGUGGUAUUGGCCAAAGCAAGCGUCAGCACUGUCACGAACUGGAUGGGCUUAACGAGCGGCGCGGACGAAGGCAUGAAUUUGCUGCAGCAAAUCAUCUCCCAAGUCCUCUCCUGGGACAAACGGGAGCUCAAAAAACGCGCCGAGAAAAUCGAAAAGGACAAAUCCGGCCCACCCAAAGAAGUCCUCACCGAACUCCGCUCCUGGAUCUCCGACCGCUCACGAGCCGAACACGAGGAAUGUCGGCGGCAGAGUCGAGACCAGAAUAUGUCCAUCGUCGCCGUCAUCAUGGCUACUUCCUCCCAUUCUAUCGAAAUGAAAGAGGAUCAGCAUGCCAAAGCACUCGAGUAUCUUGCCUUCCAACUCGGUGUCAGGGAUCGACAGGAAAUUAUCCGGGUAAUGUGCCAUAGGAACCCGGAUCAUUUAUCUGCUGGUGUACGAGAUGGCGUGGAUGCUUAUACGCCCAUGAUCCGUCACGUCCACCAAGCUGUUAACCUCUCGGAUACCGUGUGGGAUUUUGAGCGGUUCUUGACGGAUAUGUUGAAGAUGUCCAAGCCUAGUGGUAAUAAGGGUGAGGAGAAGCCGCCGAGUGUGGAGGAUUAUGUUGAUCUGCUGCAUCGGCAUCAGGCUAGUAGUCAUAAAUUCCUGCAUCAGGUGGCGAAGAAUGGGAAGGAGGUUAUGGGGUGGUGGAUGGAAUACGUGCACAUGGCAGCAGCACAGUUCAAAGUCGAUGAAACUCCACCCAAAACCGACGCCGUGGUCCCGGACAAGAUCGCUGCGGGCGGUAUACAGCCAGCCCUGGCAUCCGCCUUCAUCAACUUAAUCUCAUCCGAACAAAACGAAGUCCUGGCAGAGUUAGACGCCUGGUCCAAAUACCUAGAUGAUCUACACGCCGCCUCCGCCACUCGCAUCGCAUCCGUCAUCAAACGCUCCGGCAGCACACCCUACGGUCCUGGAGCCUAUCUCGCCCGCUGGCAACAACUUCUCGAUUCCACGGUUGUUACUCCUGGCAAGGCGAAGGGAAAGGUGAGGUAUGGUGGGAGUAAGAGUGUGAAGGAGGAGGCGAGGAAAGAUAUCGAGGGGAACGAUGCUGGGUUCGUUACAGAAGAGCAGGCGGAGAAGGCUAUUGGGAGGGAUGGGGUGGAGGUGCCGGAGGCGGGGAGGACGGUGGAGUUGUUGGGUGGACGGUUUAGGGAGGUGAUUGCUGGUGGUUGA